CGCUAUCGCAACCUUAAGCCUUGAUCUGCCUGCAAUAGAGGGCCUAGAUUGCUUUACGUUUGGUAGAUUUUAUCAAUGAGAUUCUCAUCCGCCUUCAACCUCUAGGAAGUGAGCGACCGCCCUCCGCAGCUACUUUCUUCCUCCUCAACUGUGCCGACAACAACAGAGUAGCAUCCGAAGUAAACAAACCCCCUUGAACCCCCGAACCGCAAACAACCCGGACUCCGUUCGCGCACGCCGCGCAAAGUCGCACCCACCCACACCCCUCCGGGGCCUGCCACCAUGGCAAACCCACCGCCGUCUCCCACCCCAUCGCAGCUUCCCCCGGUCCCCACGAGCCCGACCUACUCCUACGCAUCGACGGCGAACCCCCUCUCGCAGUACAACCUCCCCCUCCCACCGCCGCCGCGGCCGGCGCACGCCGUGCUCACCAAGGCGGACCUCGAGCACUCGCAGGCGGCGUACGGCGACCUCCUCACAUCGGCCAAGGCAUACCGGCUAGCGCUGGCGGCGCUCUCCAGCGCCGCGUCGGCGUUCGGCUCGGCGCUCGAGUCGUGCGCCCGCCUCAAGGAGGCCCGCGCCGACGCCAUCUCCCCGCCGGCCGCGGCGGCGAACGCGAUGAUGAUGACGGGCAUGAGCAACAGCUUCAACGCCAAGGGCACGUGCACGGCGGACGGCCUGCUGGCGGCGUCGGGCCUGCAGCACCUGGUGGCCAACCACCAGCAGAUCCUGUCCGAGGCCGUGUACCGCGCCUUCGAGGUGCCGCUGCUGCACGAGCUGGACAAGUGGCGGGCCGCCGUCGACGACGAGCAGGAGGCCUACGGCCGGGCGGUGCGGGCCCAGAGCCGCGACAUCAGGCGCAUGGAGAAGGAGGGCAUGAAGAUGCACCGCCAGCAGCGCCGCCGCGACGUCGCCGCCUUCAGGGAGCACCUCGUCCAGCUCACGGGCCGCCUCGACGGCUUGACGGCCCUGCACGCGGGACACGCGCGCACACUGCUGCGCGAGAGCCAGGACACGAGCGCCCGGAUCCUCGACGCCAGCUGCAGCCUAGUGCGGGCCGAGGUCGACAUCUUCGAGGGCCUCGCGCGCAAGGGCUGGACGGGAGGCGGGCUGGAGGACCUCCUUGAGAAGGGCGUCGACCUCUUCGCCGCCGACGACGCCGGCGGCGGACACGAUGGCGCCGGCGGCGGUGGCGGGGCUGGGACGGGGCCGGGCGGCGGUGAGGGCGGCGGCGGGGGCAAGCUGUUCAGCAUCCUGCCGCCCAAGAGCAUCCUUGCGGAUUCUUCCACUGCCGCCGGCGCCGCCUCGUCUCCUGCCUCAGACUCGACUGCUCGCUAUGCCGUCGCUGACAACCACGACGACCCUUACCAGAGCUUGGUGGGCGCGGUAAGCGUGACGGGUCCGAGUCCGGGUCCGGCUCGCGGCCGCGAAGCUGCUUCCUUCGACCCUAACCGGCCUAGGGGUGGUGGUGUUAGGCCGUUCUCGCCGCCACCGCAGCCGGUGAGGCUAAACCCGGAUACGUUGAUCGUCGGCAGUCCGGAUAAGACGGAGACGGAGGAGAGGGCUGACAAUCAGAACGGUGAUGAUGACGGUGAUGGCGACGACGGGGAGCCCUCUGCCGCGAAGGCGGCCGGGUCGAGGGAGCCGGAUCUCGGCAGCAUGUCGUUGACGCUGGAAUCAGUCGCGGGCAGGGAAGUUGAGACAGAGGACGAGGAUGAGGAAGACGAAAGGGGUGCGGAGGGGGAGGAAAAAGAGGAGAGUCAGGAUCAGCCGUGGCUGGAGGAAGGUCUGGGGGGGUCAAAAGACGGUGACACGCCGAGCGCGAGCCUGGAGAGCUCGCAGCAACCGAACCGGAAGUGGAGUUUUGGGGGAGGUCGAUGGUAAGAGAAGGAGGGA